AUGUCUUCAACCGUUUGUUUCUCACGUUUCCACUCAGCCAAUCGCUCAGUACAAUCGCGUCAGCGAGACAUCACGCUUCUCUUCAGGCGCUACGCCACAGUAAUUCGGACAACGACAUAUACUCUUCUUCAGGCUCCAUUGCCUCCCCCUGCGGAUCGAUCCUCUAUUCACCAAGUCUUCAUGAGGAACAUCUCGUACGCUGCCGAUGAACACGAUUGUAAAGUCGCCCUUGCCCCACUACUACAUAGACCUCCCUUUCCCUCCGACCGUCCCAUCAACUUCGACAUCCGACUCUUCUCCAAGCGCGGAAAUCAGGGGCAUACGGGUUGCGGUCUUUUGACUCUCCCCACAGUGGACGUAGCGAAUACCUUUCUUCGCACCUACGGAAGAGGUGUCUCUAUUCGUUCCCGCGUUGUCGCAUUCUGUCCAAGCACAAAACAACCGGACCAAGGGCUGAUCAAACGAGUAGCGGAUACUGAUUGGGUCGACCCGCAAAUUCUCCAGGAGAGGCGGAGGCACAUGGAGAGUAUAUCAGGGUCGAUAUCGCUCUCAAGUUUCUCAUUCGGGCGUCUUUGUCACGAUGGAACAUUUUCCGUCGAACUCGAAGGUUUAGACCAUACGAGCCGCAUCUCCUGUGAUGCCGUCAAUCGACAAAUACGAAUCACUUCCCAUAUGCCCCAGUCGGAUGUGACGGACAGUCUUAGUAUUUGGUUUCGAGCAUCGCAGGUCGUAGCACUUGCGUGCCCGCCAUCUUCGACAAACGACGGUGUCCAUCACAUUUUCCUCGAAGCUACGCAGCCCCCUGUCUUGGAAGUCCAAAAGACAUCACCUCCUCCACAGCGCGUUUCAUCGUUCAACGAUUCGCCGAUCAUUCCCGCCACACGUUUCAUGCUUCUUUCCUUUGACAACCCAGGCGAUAUGAACACUUUCCUAGCCCGAGCGAGGAAUCUUCACAUUCGCCGUCCGCUGGCUUUGGAUAUACCAAUUGCCCAGAAGAAGCUCUACUCACCGUCGUCUCUCGAGCAGAUGGACCAUUUAUUGUCGACAUUGCCGUAUCGACUAGCCUUCGAGGCCGACAAAGCCAUCGCAAGCUCGAUUCUGGAUCCAGAAGAGCUGCUCGGGCUGGGUCCUGCGAUCACACAGCUGCAGGAUGACCACAAAGAAGAAGCAGGGCCCAUACUUCGCCGGUUCGUUUCGAGCAUCCACAUACCGUCGCUCACGACGUGGUCACCGACUGUCAUCAAAGUCGACAAUCGGUCCAGGAAACGACGCAAACGGGGAGGGAGACGCAACAAGAAGAAAAGGCCGCAGGACCCUCCACCCCCCAGCAAAACCCUAGACGAUCUCCUGAGGAGCAUCACUACAGAGUACCUCGAUGAAGUCCAGCUUCCACGAAGACGUUUCGCCAUAUCGCCUUCCGACGCUAUAUUCGACUCUUACACAUUGGUUCUCACACCCUUGUCCAGGAUACUCGAAGGUCCAUUGCUCGAUCAAUCCAAUAGCGUUUUGCGACGAUUUGGACACCACGACUGCUUCCUUCGUCUGUCAUUCCAGGACGAGAAUCAUACUCCCCUCCGCCGGGAUCCAACCUCAGGAACGAGCAUUGCGGAGCUUCUGAGAACGAGAUUUAGGUCCGUUAUGGUCGAUGGCAUCCGUAUCGCCGGAAGAUAUUUCCAGUUCCUGGGCUACUCAAUGAGCGGUUUGAAAGAUCAUAGUAUCAUGUUUAUGUCAAGUUUCCAUGAUGAAAGAGGGGAGCUGAUGACAGCGGAAGGUAUUCGCCGCACUUUGGGUUCCUUCAACCACAUAUCAAACAAACCUGCCCUCUUGGCCGCUCGCUGGUCGCAAGCCUUUUCUGCAUCGGAUCCCUCUGUCACUCUUGACCCGAAUGAGAUACGGAGGAUUGAUGAUAGGCGUUCACCUUCAGGAUCACUUUUCACGGAUGGUUGUGGCACAAUCUCGCCGUUACUCGCGCGGGACGUUUGGAAGUUUUUGCAACACCGCAGGCGACGAGCCGCCAAGAUGCGCUCGGUUCCUUCUUGCUUUCAGAUUCGCAUCGGUGGGGCCAAAGGUGUUUUAUUCCAAGACCCCACACUAGCCGGACUCGGACGGGUAGUUUGUCUCCGGCCCUCGCAGACCAAGUUCGAGAAUCCUGAGGCACUCACACUUGAUAUCGCGUCGACCUCAGCACGGCCGAUCCGCAUGUUCCUCAAUCGCCCGCUGAUACUCCUCCUCGAAUUCCUCGGUGUUCAAGAUGAUGUGUUCUUAUCCUUACAGAAGGACGCCACUGCGGCCGUGGAACGUGCUCGUGAUUCAUUCACUGACGCAGCGAAGUUAUUUUCUCACCACGGCUUUGGGUCGUCUUUUAGACUCGCGUCUUUGUUCAACAACCUUAUCUCCGAGCUGAAACUUGACGAUAGCGAUCUCCAAGAACUAGGCUGCCAAUUGAUCACCAGAACUGUUGAGUAUGCCGCUACACAUGUUCUUCGCGAGAUCAAGUUUCGAGCCAGGAUUCCCGUACAUGGCUCUUGGACGCUGCUGGGCGUUUCGGACGAAUGGAGCUGUUUACGCGAAGGAGAAAUAUACGCGACCGUCCGAGACGAACGCACUGGCACUUAUGUUCCUAUCGAAGGCCGUGUUCUCAUCACUCGCAGCCCCCAAAUUCAUCCCGGAGAUGUUCAGUUCGUUAACGCCGUGCGCCACCCCAAACUCGAGCACCUUAACAAUGUGGUGGUAUUCUCGUGCGAGGGAGAUCGCAGUUUACCGUCCAUGCUCGGAGGCGGGGAUCUGGACGGCGAUAUAUACAACUUGAUCCUUAAUCCAAAUCUCUUCCCUACACGCACUUCUGUCGCUGGAGCAUACGAGCCGCUUCCGCACAAGGUCACCCCUCAUCCUUGCACCAUAGAGGAUAUUGCGGAUUUCGUCAUUGAUUAUAUCGAAGCAGACCUUGUCGGUUACAUAUCAAUCCUUCACCUCCGCAUAGCAGAUCUUGACCCAAAGGGCCCAAGCUGUGACGAAUGUCUGUUGCUUGCUGAGAAGGCAUCCCAUGCAGUGGAUUUCCAGAAGACCGGCACUCCCGUCAACUUCGACAACCUUCCUCGCGCGGGGCGAUUAAGGCCUGACUUCCUUGCAGGGGAAGUGGUCGAACCUUCGGCCGAGUCCUCCUUUUAUCCCAGUGACAAAGUGCUGGGUGUUCUUUACCGAAACGUUCCCCUGAAGAACGAGGAUGCCAUACACGAGGAGUCUGUCUUUGGGAUAAAGAUCUACGAGUCGGUGACUCGGAUCGCACGUCGGGCUGAGGUCAGGUUUGGUCUCCCUUCCAUCGAUGACUAUCCGGACGAGCUGCUCGACGAGAUGCAUGCGACGAUGAUGGCAUACUCGGAGCAGCUGACGGAAAUUGCGAAGGCACACACUCAGUCCAGAGUACCGGGAGAUUAUCUCACAGAACCAGAGCUCGUUAGUGGGACGAUACAAGGAAAGUGGCACGAUCAUCGCAAACGGAGGGAAACUGUCGCUAGCAUGGAGCUGCAGACGAGGGAACUCUCAAAAUCAAUACGCCAAGAAUUUCGACGACCUCUCCUUAUCGACGAGCCUGCACCAGAAAAUAUUCAAGGCUCUGUAGCAGACACAGAGCAGGAUGACGAGGAUGAUGAAGACGAAGACGAUGAGGAUGAGCUUUCAGAGAUGGAUCUGGAUACGUACAUCCGGGCCUCUGCAGCUUGGCAGGUCGCCAAUGAUGCUCUCGCGGAUGACGUUGAGGCGUUUGGGCCUUCGAGCUUCGGUCUCAUUGCAUUGGGGGUUAUGCUCCAAAUCAUGAAGAAAGCCCGCAAGCUGUCGCAGUGAUUACCUUGAUUUACUGUCCAUCUUUACUUAUCGUGACCGUGUAUGUGUUUGUAUCGUUCAACAAGUGCUGUGUACCCGAGUAUGUAACGCCAGUGUUGGUGUGGUCGUGUAGUCAAAUAUACAAAUCAGAGCAUCUCAAAACGGUAGAAAAUCCAUCAUGUUGUAGCAAAAUCAUAUCAUUGUAACCAAUCCCGGAGCAAAUAUUGGCGCCAUAGCUUCCUCUCUACCCAUGUUCAUUCUCCUCACUUCUUCCAGAAGAACACGCAGUUCCUGCACGUUCCCCGGUUGCAUCGCUCUCUCGUCCUCGCCGCUCUCUUCGUCGCUCUCAGAGUCAUAAUCAUCUCCUUCGUCUUCGUCCAUCGGCAGCGUUCCCAGCAAGUCGCCCGUGCAGUCCUCCAACCGAACCCUCUCCUUUCUGCAUUGUUCAUCCCACCUCCGCCACCUGUCCAAGCCUCCGCCUUCUUCGUCUGGUCCAUCAUUUCUUUCCAACUCCCUGAGCAGUGUCCGGUUCAACACCCUGAUCACUUUCAAUUUUGGGAAAUUCUUGCGAGUGAGCUGAGCGAACGUCAGAUCGUUGGUCCGUUGUAUGAGGUACGUCGUUACAGGAGCGAGAGAGGGCGCUUGAGCCCUCGGCAAUGACGGACUGAACGCGUGUAAGAGCUGAUGUAGCCCAAUGUGCGUCAAAUGAGGAUGAGGCGAGCGGAUGAGUUUGGGGUUGGCGUUUGGGUCGUUCGCUUCAGUGUGGAAAGGAAGACGCCAGUCUGGAUUGAAUGCAAAGUGGGUGAGGAGGGGACAAAGAUCGAGGAUGGCCGAUAUGUCGAGGGAAGGUAUCGUGUUGAGGUCAAGGAAGGAGAUUUGAGUGCCGUGAGCGGUGAGGAACGCCAGGAUGUCUGGCAAGUCGUGACGGUUGGCGACAAAAUCGAGGGAGAAUGAUCGUAGCGAGGGUAGAGUCCAUUCGCAAGCUUGAUCGAGGAACUCUUCGCACAUCCCGCGAAGAGAAAGCUGAUGCAGGGACGGAAGACCUAUGGCUAGAUUCGAUGCUGCACCUAGACAAAGAGUCUUGUCCUCCGAGUCCGAAGGGUCCGCGGUUGGUUCAAAGUUCAGAUAGAUGGACUCGAGCUGGGGAAGCGAGUCGAGUGCCCAUAUAAGGCGAGGCAAUAUUGCUGAGGUGAUCGACCACUGAACCGUACGGAGAGAAUUGGAGAACGUGCACAAUGCAUCGGCGAUGGGGAUGAAGGACGAUGUGAUGGGCCAAUCGACAGCGAAUAUUUCGAGAUUGGGACAUUGCUGGAUGAUCGAAACAAGCAUGCUCUCGAUGUCUGUAAUGGCCAGGUGGCGGGUGGCGAAGUAUCGCAUGAUAUGCAAACGCCUGACGUACCACCCAAGAGAUGAGUCUCGAUCCAGAGCGGAGCAUAAUGCUGGAAGUCGUGAUGGAUCUGAGAGAAACACGCAACGGAAAAUGAGGUAAGAGCCAAUCUGGUACCAUCGCCUACAGGUGAGUAAGAUCGACUUCGUGGCCGCAUAGUUCUUCAUUGGUUUCUGGUAGGCAAAAUCGACCGGAUUGAUCAGAACCCACCCAUCCCCUAUCUUGUCGGGCUCCCAGUGAGACUCUGUCAUGCAGGUCGAUAGUGAGACAUCGAACAGGUUUGGAUCAUUGAUUGCGAGUUCGAAGAUCUGGGUCAGGAUUUCCGCAGGAAGGUCCAUAAUAUAGGUUCGUCCUUCAAUAUCGCUGAGAAAAGCUUAUUGAAAAGGUGGAAGUAGAUCUCUACAGUCCGCUCUACCGCACCAGAUGUCGAUCUG